UUUCGCAUCUCCAUAUACGUUAUUACUAAAGCCCGCGCCGUCUGCCCACCAUGGCCACCCACAGCCCGUACCACAACCCCCUCUUCCCCUCACACGCCUUCCCCGACCCCGACGACACUCCCAUCCCGGACGACGGCGAUAUCGACGACGAGGACAACAUCUUUCGCGAUAUGACCUUUGAUGAGAUCAUGGAGGAUCUGAAUGCGCGCUUUCUCAUCAACCUGCCCAAGGAGGAGAUGAAUCUGCUGAGGGUGUACUGGCAGGCCGAGCAGGCACAUUGGUUUUACGAGGACUACCUUCGCCCCCUGAACCCCCUCCUGCCGUCCCUCUCCCAGCGCCACUUCACCCGCCUCAUCAUCGAAUCGUCUCCCCUCUACAAGCGGCUGGUAUCCUCGGACUCUAUCGACCACGAUUCCGUCUGGGACGAGUACCGCUCGUACAAGCGGAUGGUGCCGUGUUGCGGCGGCAUCAUGCUCAACAAGCAGGGCGACAAGGUGGUGCUGGUGCGUGGGUGGAAGAGCAACUCUGGCUGGAGUUUUCCGAGAGGCAAGAUUAAUCUGAAUGAAACGUUGGAAGCGUGUGCCGUACGAGAGGUGGAAGAAGAGACUGGGUAUGAUCUGACGGGGAUGGUCAAGUCGGAGGAUAGGAUACAGACGCACAUCAAUGCUCAAGAGGUGACCAUGUUUAUUGUGGGAGGUAUUGACGAGGGAACGGUGUUUGAGACGCAGACCAGGCAUGAGAUUGGGGCUAUUGAAUGGGUCUCUCUCUCUGAUCUUCCGACGUGGUCUGGCAAUAAGAAGACCAAGAAGAAUACAAACAAGCGAUUCUACAAUGUCACUCCGUUUGUCAACCCCCUCAAGGCAUGGAUGAAGGCGAACGGCCUCAACCCCCAUCCCAAGCCCCGGCCAAAGAAACCGCCCUUCUCGCAACCCUCCGCCUCAACCGGCAACUUUCACAGAGACAUCAAGCCCUUCCGAUUCGACGCCUUUUCCGGCUCUCCGUCGGCUUCCCCCCAACUCCACACCCCUUCCCCUGCCCCUUCACACUUUCCUUCCCGGGGUUCCUCGGCCCUGGACCAACUGUUUUCCAAAUUCAUCCACAAGCAGGAGGAAGAGAUCCUCGCGCCUAGACAAGGAGAUGCAGUCGGCUCGGACAAUAAUGCCGGGCUUGAACGUCUCUUUGGCGGGCUUGAUGUGUUGAAAGAGGAGGAACAGGCGAUGCUCGAAAGACAGAAGAGGAGCGACGGUUACAGUCAGGAAGAUGCUAGGAGGUUCCAGAAAGAGGAUGAUGAUCUUGUCAGGCUACUCGCGGGCGUCGGCACACCGGCGCCGGAUCUCGCAAAGCUUCUCCCGAGGAACCAGCAGUCGCAGCGGCAGGCAGUCCAGCAGCAGUCGCAGCGGCAGGCAGUCCAGCAGCAGCCGCAAGUCCAGCAUCAGCAGCAACCUCAGCCAAAGGCGACGCAGAACCACCUGUUGGCAAUGUUGAACCAAAAGUCGAUCGGUGCCACUCCUGUCCCAGCGGGACACGGCUCCUUGCCCCAGGCUCAGCCUCAUCAGUCUAAACUGCUCCAUCUCAUCUCGCAACCUGCCCAUUCUCCCACACAAUCUCCGAGGGCAUCUGUCUCACCGUCGUACCACACCGCUCAGUCGCGUCCUGGAUCUCACCCUUCUGUUGGUGCUGAAGGGACUGAAGAGGACCGCGCGGCGCGGGCAAGAGCGUUGUUGGAGAUUAGCUUUGCGGGCUUGGGUCUUGGUGAGGGGUCAUCGGCGUCUAGCCACACGGCUGGGUCGCCACAGCCUGCUCAGUCUAAUCAGACCAGAGGCCAGCCUCGUGCUAGCGGCCAGGCUUCCGCCCCUGUUCACAACCGUGCACCAGCGACACAGCCUGCUGCUCAAUCCCAAGCCUCGCUUCAUCCGCAAGUACCAGCCCAUCAAGGGUCUGGUCCCGGAAACAGCCCCCGUUCUCAAAAUCCUCCACCAAGCUACGACUCUGUCCUCCGCGACAACUUUCCGAGUCAAUGCCAGCAAGCCGCCGCCCAUGCUCCUGCUCCUGGCUUGCCCCAAGUUCAAACAUUUGAGAGAGCGCCGCCUCCUCAUAUGCAACAGCAAGUCGUGCCCUCCGGCUACGUCCAACAACAACCCAUCCCCAAUCCUUCCCACGUCUUCCAACCCCCACUCCAAGCCCAAGCCCAAUCUCUCCCCUCCCACGUGCACAUAUCCCAACACCACGCCGUCCACCCCCAGCCCGUCCCCAUGCCGCCUCAACAAUUCCGUCCCCCGCCUCAAGCUGUACCCCUGGGCGUGGCGAUGCAGCAGCAGAAUAUGAACCACCCGCAGCAACAAGGGCAGGGGUAUCGCCCGGUGCAGGGGCAGAUGCCACCGGGUAUGGGGGCUGCCCCGCCCGGUUUGGGGCCGGGACCGGGCCCGGGGUAUGCCCCGCCUGGGGUCGGCUACUACCCUGCUAUGCCCCCUCCUCAGCAACAACAACAACAGCAGCAGCACUUUGCACCUCCCCCGCCUCACGCUCAGGCUCCAGCGCAGGGUCAAGGCCAAGGUCAAGGGUAUUACCCCGCUCAAGCUCCUGUCGUCCUCCCCGCUGGUGGGGGAGCGCCAGGUCAGCAGGGGAUGUAUAGACAAGGGUCGGGGAAUGUUCAGCCGGUUUACGGGUAUGGGCAUGGGCAGAACCCUUUCCCGGGGGGUGUGGUUCCUCAGGCUUUACCUGCCCAGCAGCACCAGCAGCAGCAGCCGCAGGUUUCAAGUCAGUCGCUCAACAAGGUGCCGAUGAAUGGGGGUGGGAAUGGGAUGCUGCCUGGUAUGCAGCAGCAGCAGCAGGGACAGCAAGGACAAGGGGGUGCUGUACAUCACCCGGUACCGAGACAACCUGGAAACGCGGGGCUGUUGGCUAUGCUCAAUGGGGGGAGGUAAAGUAGUUGUGGAGGUGCUUGUGUAUGGAUAUGUUGUGGAAGAUUGGGCACAUAUCAUGUGAAGAAGAUCUUGAGUGCGAUUUUGUGGAGAGAUGUAGAAGUAUUGGAGGGGGGUUAUAUGGUACGAGUGGAGUGUGUAUAUGUGACAAUACAGUACUCGUACUCGUUCAAUGCAACGCGGGGUUACCGCAGUGAACUAUUGGGAA